ACAUCUUUGGUUACCGGUCAAAAUAAAUGAAAAAACGGUGUUCCUCCUGCACCAUUCCUCACUGUCCUGGUGUGUCUUCAUCACUCGAUUGCAUUGACUUCUGUCUGUCUUUUGACUGCCAUCACAGGGGACCACAGACACAUGGAAUAAGUGACCAAGUGGUGCGGUGGACAGCAGGACUUUAGGGACCCUCAGAACACGACAUGGAAGAACUGAAUGGACAGGACUGUCAGUCUUUGUUGGGCUGAAUGUCCUCUUCUCAUUCUGAUUGUUCUAUUGUUCCCCCUCGUUACCCCCUGUAAAAGCAUCAUUUGUAUUCUGGCACACGUCCCCAAUUGUGCCUCAUUAGUAUUUGGUGACCCAACAUUUCUUGAGGUUUCCUGGGUGCAGAGGGCGACCACAGCGAUGAUAUUAUAACACUGACUAUAAAGCGGGUAGCCAGGAGGCCUCAAGUGACAAACAAGAAAAUGAAGACGAUGGCAAGUGAGCAACCAGCUAAUCAGGCUGAGACAUCAGAGUGGAGUUUACUGUGAGAAAACAAAAAAAAAAGAAGCUUCUAACCACAGAGAGGAGGCUAUUUAUUCACCGCGGCUUCGCAGAGCAAGGCGGGAUGUUGUGUCAAAGAUGAGGCAGAGACAGCCCACCCUGCACCACCUCCACUGCCGCUGCCACCCUCUAGGAUGGACCAUUCAGCCAUGAAGUGGAGAACGAAAGUCCUGCUGGCCUGUUGUCUACUUCAAGGCUUUCUGCUUAGAAACCUCUGCAGAACGUGUGAACCUCCAUCCGAUGUGACCUCCUGCUCAGUUUUCUGCAAUGGCAACGUGACACAAGUGAGACUCGUGAACUGCACCUCGUGUGACCCCAGCCACACCCAAACCUGCAGGAAGAUGAACAAGAGCAGUCAGUGUGACGUCGGGGGACAAUGGAGCUGCCCUGCAGGGACCAAUCUGAACCUGAGCCUUACAGGCAAUGGCAGCACUGAGUGGUGUGAGUGCCUCAAGCCACCAGAUCCUCCAUACAUGAAUGGACUGUGGCUGACGCUCCUGAUCAUCCCUGCUGCCCUCAUUCUGGUGCUGGGCCUGGUAGUGACGAGGGUCUACAGGAGCAGGAGGACAAUGAAGCUAACCAAAGAGCCGCAGCUUGAAAUUUCAUCUCCUAAUGUGAUUCGGGCAAACACAACGGGAGGAAGUCAGGAGCUGCAGAUGAGCUUCGAGAGCCCAGAGGACGAAAUGCCUGCUGGUUGCAAUCGUGAGGUGAAGGACAACGGCGCACACAAUGGAGUGACCGCUGUCGUGUCGUGGACCAGGUAUAAUUCUUUCAAAAAAGAAGAGGAGAACAAGGAAGAGGAAGAGGAGGAGGAGGAAGAGGAUGAGAAUGAGGACUCCAUCCACCUUCCUUUGCUUCAGUGCGGCUCAUCGCCGGCCCUAACAGAUAGUCGAUCCAACAGUGAACAUGUUCACCAGGUGAAGGAAGAGCAAAGUGAAGUUUCCAUAGACCCCGAUAAUUCCACAUGUCAUCUUGUAACCGAGGAAAUCAACGAUGAAAGUGAUGAAGAUGAAGAUGAAUAUGUUGAAAUGCAUGGCAAUAUUCUCUUAGAAGAGGACAAUGACUCCAGUGACAGUUAUGAAGUUAUGUGAAUUAAGACUCUCCUCAAAUAGCCGGAGCGAUGCCAGCAUUCUUUAUAGAGGAAGCAGGGGUGGGCAAGGCAGGGCAGGGCAGGGCAGGGCCAUGAGACCGCAUGAGGGUAGUUGGAUGGAUGUCUGCCCAACUCCGCUCAGUGACGGCCCACUUUGCUAAAGUGAAGUCUGAGACAUUCCAGUCCUCCGAGCCAUCAUUUCCUGGAUUUUAUCCUUUUGAUGUCCAGGGGUUUUUUUGAAACUCAGUACAGGAGAAAAUUGGUUUAAAAAUGAAACGGAGGGUGUAGAUGACACUGCCAUGUUUAAAGCUUUGCCUCGUGCUCUACUAGAACUAUAGACAAAAAGAAAAAAAAACAGCUAAAGCUGUGACAUUGACACGUAGUCCAUGUGCCAAUGGGCGGUGUAGUGCCAAUGUCCCAGUGGGUGGUGCCAACGUGCCAGUGGACGGUGUGGUGGCUCAUUGAAUUUUGCUUCUAAAUCCGAGGUUCCUCUGAGCCCGGUCUCUGUGGGACUCGCUCAUCCUCUGCACGUCCAUCUGUAAGCAUAAGUUUAAUAAGUCGCUGUGCUCCAUGCAAAUCUGUCUUAUAAAAUCUGCUUUAUUCUGCUCACAUGCACAGUUGACACAGAGCCGGAUGAAGCACAGGGGGCUCACCACAUAGAAUUGCCAGGCAAGCAGAAAGACAUGAGACAGACUGGCACAACGGGACAGCGUGCAGUCGGACUGUGACAUUCUGUGUUCUGUUUCUGUCUGUUAAGUCAGCAUGGAAUUGUAUCCUCGCUUAAACACCGUUGCCAUGUUUGGAGUUGCAUGUUCGCCUAAGGGGGGCCUGCACAUGAAGAAACAGUAAUAAUGCCUUGAAACAUUGCCCGGCAUACCUCUGAAGCCAACAAAUGGAUGGGAGACAAUGCCACCUGGUCCUGAAAAUGCCUUCCACUGCACAGACAACCCCGACAGACUCUACGCCUCGGACCCCCACUCCCAGAUCGGGUUUUGUCAUUGGUUUCAUUCGUCUGAUUUGCAGCGUAAGCUGACAUUAAACACAGCUAAGUUA